AUGGAGACCCUCAUCAUCAAGAAUGAAGAGAAUACAGAAGAGAAGGAUGUGCUGUGUGACUCCUGCAUCGAGAUCCCGUGCCGGGCCCAGAAGUCCUGCCUCACCUGCCUGGUGUCGUACUGCGAGGCCCACCUCAGACCCCACCUGGAGAACCAGAGGUUCCAGAACCACCGACUGGUGGAGCCCUUACAGGACAUCGAAUGUCUCACCUGCGAGGAGCACCGGCUACCGCUUGAACUAUACUGCCUGACGGACGGCUGUGAGCUGCAGAAGAAACAAGGGGAGAUUAUGAAGACUGUCUCAGUUGCGGAGAAUGCCAUUGGCAAGCUACAGAGCAACACUUCAUCCAUAGAGAGCUCUGUGGCAGGGGUACGUGCUGUGAUGGAGCAGCAGUUCUCCCUGCUGCAGGGGGGCGUGGAAGAGGCCCAGAGGGGGGCCACAGAUGUUCUGGAGGGGGAGCAGAGGCAGGCGCUCAGCCAGGCCGAGGGCAUCAGAACCCACCUGGGGCAGAAGAGCCUAGAGCUGAAGAAGACCCUGGCCAGAGUGGAAAGACUCUUCAGGAACAAGACGGACGUGGACUUCCUGCAGGAAUACUCAGAGUGGAAGACGGGGGCAGUGGAUGUCUGUCUGCCUGGGGUCUACAUUGGCCUCACAGAUCGCCUGGCCUCCUUCAGCUGCCUGCUCACUGAGUCCACCCAGGAACUGUGUGACCAGCUCAAGGCUACCUACAGGGACAAACUGAAGGACAUCUGCAAGACUGAGAAACUGGGCAUUAUAAUCAUGGUCCAUCCCAAGAUGUCAAAGUCUUUUUCACUGCCUGAGCCUGAGACACGAGAUGACUUCCUCAAACAUGCCAGCAGUCUGACCUUUGAUCCAGACACUGUUCACAAGUUCCUGAGACUAACCGAAGACAACAGGAAGUUGACCAACACCACGCCCUGGCAGCACAGCUACCCAGACACGCCCGAACGCUUCGAGUACUGGCGCCAGGUGAUGACCUCAGAGAGCCUCUACCUGGGCCGACACUACUUUGAGACAGAGCUGAGCGGGGAGGGCGUGCACGUGGGACUCACCUACAAGAGCAUCGACCGGAAAGGCGUGGAGAGUGGCAGCUGCAUCACAGGAAAUGACUUCUCAUGGAGCCGCGGAAGGGAGGGGCGGAGCUUUUCCACUUGGCAUGCUGAUAUGGAGGCGGUCGUGGAAGCCACAAGUGUGUUCACAAGGAUUGCAGUCUACAUUGACUUUGACUCAGGCUCAUUAGCUUUCUAUGGUGUGACUGACGCCGCUAUGACACUCCUCUACAGGUACAAGGCUGAGUUCAUGGAGCCCUUGUAUCCUACUGUCUGGCUCUCAAAGAAGGACAAUGUGGUGUUAUUGGUCGGCCCUAAGGACCCCCCACUAAUGAAGAGCUCAACUCUGCCUGCCACCCCCAUUACUCUCAUAGCAACAUCCGCUCCUGUCACUCCGGAAUCAUAAUACUUUGACUGCAGUAGUGUAGUUUGGUUAGAGAGGCGGACCAGUCCACAUUUCUGUUUCCCACAAAGACAAUAAAGUAUCUAUUCUAUUCAUAAGCAGUUGCCUGAAGUGACUGAUACCGUACUAAUUUAACAGGACACAGCAUCAAGUAUCACAAGACAGCAAACAUAGACUUCACAGGGGGUGUCUGCUCUCAUGUAGUGGUGAUAUAGAACAAAACAUAUUGUGUUGGUAUGACACUGAGGGAUUGAGUAAUAACUUUUUAACUGCUCAUUUUAUUGGAACUGGUUAGCAAGUGACUGACUUACUAACUGCUGUGAUUGGUCUUUCAUUGUCAAUAAAAAGUACAUUACGUGUUCA